AUGAUCGGUGCAGCCACCGAUUUCGGCCACACAACCGCUCUAGACAUGGCCAACAAGGGAUGGAAGGUGGUCAUCGCAAAUAUCAACAAACUCAAAGGGUCUUGGGAGGCUCAGUACUCUGCGUUCAAAAUGACCUUUGACAAGUAUGGCUGGCUCGACUUUGUCCAGCCUCCGGACCUGAAUUCAACGGUGGUAAACUUCAUCGGUUCCACAUAUACAGUUCUUCUUGCCAUGAAGUACUUUCACAAGAACCCCAUGGUCGGAGGAGAUCUCAUCAUGACAGCUAGUGUAGCGGGACUAUAUCCGACACCGGUGAUGCCAUUCUCCUGCGGUGGUAAACACGGUGUCGUCGGAUUCGGUCGUGCCAUGGGUGGAAGCCCGGUGAAAGAGGGGAUGCUAGUCAAUGUCCUUGUGCCGGAAUGGUUCCAACCACAAUAA